AUGCGUUUGACUAAAGAGGGCGCUGGUGCAGCUACUGAGAGCGUGUCCAGUGGCACGUCAACCGUCCAAAGUCACGCGCACGAUGAAAUUAUAGAUGGCGCUGUUAAAGGUGAUGAUGCCAGGUCCGGCGUACUUAGUGAGUCGUUGAGAAGCUGCAAGCACGAUGAGACUGUAGAGGGCGCUGGGCUCGCUGUAGUUUGCCCACCAGGUGGCGAUGAGAGCGUUGUCCUUGCCGGUGACAGUUGUGAAAAACAGUCGUCCGGUGAAUCUGUUUCGCCUCCUCAUGCAAACAUAGAGGGCGCUGGUGAAGGAUGCGACAUUGUCGUAGAGGGCGCCGGGGAAGGAUGCGACAAUGUCAUAGAGGGCGCCAGUGAAGGAAACGACAUUGUCAUAGAGGGUGCCAGUGAAGGAAACGACAUUGUUAUAGAGGGCGCCAGUGAAGGAAACGACAUUGUCAUAGAGGGCGCCGGUGAAGGAAACGACAAUGUCAUAGAGGGCACCAGUGAAGGAAACGACAUUGUCGUAGAUGGCGCCGGUGAAGGAAACGACAUUGUCGUAGAGGGCACUGGUGCAGGAAGCGACGUCGUAGAAGGAGAAUGUCUGCCUAAGAUGGUGUCGCCACCUGAUGAGGAAGGCAGAACAGCUGAUUCCUCUAUGGAGGAUGGUAUUAUGGACUCCGUGUCUACGUCACAAGCAGAACGAGCGGACACUGACAUGGCGAUGCACCCAAAAAUGGCGGUGGCAGACCCAACCAUGGCGCCAGAUGUUCACGACCAAGUUGGCAAUGUUGUUAAGGGGCACGCGGGUGCAGGAAACCGACAAGCAGGAGAGAAAGAUGGCGCUAGCGGCGCGCGGCCGAGGGCGGUGAAACACGAGAGCGUGCAGACGGUGGCGCGGCGGCUGCGCAACCAGCAGACACAGUGUGGAGGAGAGGCGGCGGCUAGCAAGCAGCUCAGCAGUCUACAGCUACAACAAGCACAGAACAGGAAGCUGAGGGAACAGAGAGACGAGUACAAGGAGAAAUUCAGACUGGCGAGCGAAUCGUUGACUAAAUCGUUGACGGAACAUGACAAGCUGAAGAGGUCGUUCAGCGUGACAGGAACCAGUGUGAGCAAGAUGUCUGUAGAGAUGGAGGAGAUACGAGAAUAUCUCGAGGUGCUGCAGGCAGAGUACAACUCUGUGCGUGACGAGAGGUUGAUGGAGAGGCAGAGACAUGAUGCUGAGAUAUCGGACAUGACAGCAGAGUUACAGGGUGCUGCUGAACAGCUGGAUGCGACGCGGGAGACCAUGGCCGCCGCGCAGCAGGAGGUCAGAGCAAAGCACCUGCUGCUGGAAUUGAGAAAGACUGCGCUGCAAGUCGAGAAUGCGAUUCCGUAUUCGAUGUUGCAGCGGAUAGAGCAGGUUAAUGCAGAAUGUAAACAGGUGGUGAACAGUAUCCACGCCCAGAUGACGAAAGUGCAGCAUGACUUUGAUCAGCACAUGGCAGCGUUGAGGAUUGGCUGUCCACUCGAUAACCUACCACCAAUCUACCUAGCCGCACUGCCUGGACCGCCACCACAGCUCUGUAUCCCCUGGGAUAGCGUGCUGCCGGCUUGCCCUGCCUCGACCGCCUGCCCACCAGCCACCAGCGGGUCUACUACGCUACCAGCCGCAGGUGUUCUCCUCCCAGUCAGCAGCAUCGCUUGCACAGAUGGCGCCAAGGCUGCGCACGCACAACAGGAGAUAGGUGGAGCUACGGCUGCACGUGCUCAACCACAGAUAGGUGGAGCCAAGGCCGCACAUGAUCAACACGAAUUCAUCGUCGCUUACGCGCAGGUUCCCGUCGCGCUGAGCAUACUCGACGGAUCUCUGCAGUUGCCGAGCGAGAAGCUGAUGAACGAGGAGACAGAGCGGGAGUACGAGAGACGCCGCCAGGCUGGACAGAAUCCGGGCUACGCGCACAGGUGGGAGUGCGAGAGGUUCAGCGGCGCGCACUACUACGCUGACCUAAUCGAGUACGAGUACCCGAAAUUCGGCGAUACCACGUACAAGGAGUUGAUGGCGAAGGCGAAGAAAAUCGACGUUAAGAUAACAAACAAUAUCUGCAAUUACAGAGACUUUGAUUACACAUGA